CAGGAAAGAAACCAACUUUUCUCUGAUUGCAGGAUAGAUUAUAAUUCAUUAUUAGGUUUUUUCCCUUGUUCUCAAUGGUUUACUUAUACAACCAAAUUCCUAUCAACCCAGAAACUUAAAUAAUAUAUCAAGUCCAUCCAUCUCUGAAUAUUAUAUAAGUUCCGUUCCAUAACCACCUGACAUCGAAUAUAAAAUUUUCGUUCAGUCCCAACAUCGAACUCAACCCUGAAACUUCAAGCCUAUCCAAGCACAAUGACAGUCUAUCAGCCAUUCGAAGGAGAUACGGAAGCAGAGUUCAACGCUCACCAUAUUGAUAAAAAGGAUUUCUUGCUAUGCCACAACUGUGGAUGGAAUGCCUACCAUCAGCGGUGUACCAGUUACCGUAGUACUCUCAAAGUUACAACUAAUGCCAGCAGGGGCAUAUGGUUCGUUGGUAAUAAUUAUGUUUUGAAGGAAAGAAAGAUUACAGAACAUGGGCGCAGGUGCUAUCUGGGCCCGGAAGUCCCGAUCACUAAAUUUCUGGCGGAGAACUCGACUAUUCCCGUAGCAAAAUAUGUGCACUUUUGGAACGAUAGUAUUAGCUAUUUCUUUUUCAUGGAAAAAGUCCCGGGACAAACGUUAGAGUCAGCCUGGCGAACGCUAACUCCCGAGCAAGAGAAAGUUAUUGCCAAAGAAGUCGUUGAAUAUCUUAUACAGUUACGCAAGUUUACAUCGGAAAAAAUAGAAGCUCCAGAUGGUUCCUCGAUAAGAGAUACAACACUAGGCACUCAUAAACGGAUAGAUUUCGUGACGGAUGACGUUGAAGAAUGGUGGGCUCGUGUUAAACCUCAUCUCCAAAAUAAAUGGGAUGGAAAGAAAAGCUCGGGUCAGUGGAAAAAGAGCCUCAAGUCGAGAUACCCUGUGAAAGGACCGUACGUUCUCACGCAUGGCGAUCUGAAUGCGACUAAUAUUUUCGUAAAAGAUGGACAUGUUACCGGUAUUAUCGAUUGGGAACAUGGGGGAUAUCUUCCGGAAUGGUGGGAGCACGUCAAACUUCGUAUAAUAGAACUGGGGGAUUGGCACUAUGUCCUGGAAAUGGAAAUGAGUAAACAAUUCGGGACAUUCAAAACAGAGAAAAACUUCUACAGAGAAUUUGAUACUGGGUUCGAUGACCAAAGGGGGGACGACCGGGUCAAUGAGGGGAUGUUUUUUGAUCCUAAUUUCUAUUCGAGAUGCCCUAAUUAUGCACGUUACAUGGAAGAGGAUGAUUUGGGCUUUGAUCUGUUCAAGUUCCAUCGCGACAUUCGUCGGGAAGAACAGGCUGAGGAAAAUGCGGCUUUUGCGGCUUUCAAAGCGCUAAGCUUGAAGGAGAGGGAAGAUUUGGUUGGGAAAAACAAUGCAUAGAUAGUCACAAUUGUGGUUAACAACAAUUUAUUCAUCUUAUUAUCUUGACGGCGACUAAGAAGAACAAAAAUGAUGUAUCCCUCCUCAUCCCACCAUACCUUCUCUUCUGCCUAAACCCGAAAGACUGAUUCACAUUUUGCCGACUGUACAUUUUCGUUUGG